GAGUAAUGUGGCUGACCAAUCACGAAACGGGAUGCUCGCCGUAAAGUGAAGCUGUAGGAGAAGGCAGAAAACUGUCACCAGACAAACCAUUGCUCUUCAGAAUUCUCGGGGUGUCCUACAAAAAUGAGCAGGAUUGCUGGCCUUCUACGGCGAAGCUUUGGAAUAGUACGUGAACAUGUCGGGACAGAUCACUUGGGGAAUAAAUAUUACUCUAUUCCCGAACAGAAGACGUGGACAGGGAGGCAGAUCCGUGCCAAGCGGAUGGUGGAGCCAGCCAAUUCUGCAGAGUAUGAAUAUAUGGAGGGCAGCAUUCCGAUGGAGUGGGAAGCUUGGAUCCGAGGUAGACGGAAGGAGCCUCCCUCCAUCGAGGAGCUGAUGAUGCAUGAGUCCCAGAGGAACGAGGUCAAGCUGAAGGCGAAGGAGCUGGAGGAGAAAGAUCUGGCACUACAGGCUAAAGACUACGAGGAAGGCCUGGUGGCGACUCCUGCCAGGACUGUGGCCAAGGGCCACGCAUCCGCCGCCAUCUUUGGCAAGGAGGAGCUCAGUGAGGAGCCAACCAGCACUGCAAACAAGUUCCAGCCUGGUUCCUGGAUGCCCACCUCAAAGAAAUAGCUAGAGACCUCCACAGAGACUGAGACAUGAGGCAGCGCAAAGUAAAAUACAGUCCAAACGUUAGCAGUGAGUACUUUGAUAGAAGUGAUACUCUGUUAUCAAAUUGAAGACUAUUAACUAAAUAUACAAUGAUCUGUUUUGAAGUUUAAAGAAAGCCUGAAAGAAAUGAGUGUGAUUUUACUUUAAAACUGAUUGAUAGAAUCAGUCAUUCUAUCACACUUUAUUUAUAGAGCACUUUUCUUACACUCAGGUGUAACACAAUGCUUUAUAGAUGCUAAAAACAGAAAGAAGGGACAACAGACGCAAUGAGAUUUAUCAAAAUGAUCAAAUCAGCGCAAGUGCAGUUGUAUAAUUAUAUUGAUAAAUCCGAUUUAAACAAAUGGUCUCCAUAUUUCUACUACCAGAACAUACAAUAAUAUGUCAUUAUAAUUUUCAUUUCAUUCAUUCCAGCAGAUUUCUCUCAAAAUUCAGCAGAGAAUCAAUUGGGAAAAAAUAAUUGCAGUUGGAGAUGUAUGUAUUCUUUUGUAAAUGCUGCCUAAAGAUACAAAAAUAAAGUUUGCCAACUUAAAAAUUGACAACAGAUGCACACCUCGCUGUUUUGGUUUUUAAUGACAAGUACAAUAUAUAAUUAUUUGAAAAAAGGCUUGGAUUUUUAAAAUAAAAUAGUUUUAAAUGUUGUCUGGUUUCCCCUUUUUUUUAUCAUAACUGAUAGGAUUCUGUGCUAUAAUGACAAAAAGGACAGGGGCAUUUAAUACAAAUAAAUAUGAAAAUAAAGCAGCUGAUGUGCAAAAUGAAUGUGCUAAAAGCAUAAAUGGUUAGCUCAAUUUAUAAAAACCUGAAUGUUUUAAUAAUUGCUUGAAUCAAAAUGUUACGAGUUAAAAAAUAGGUUUUUAGAAUUAAGUAAAUUUAACUUUAGCUGCACAACUCAUGAAAUAUUGCCGUGUUUUUCAGCACUGGUUCUCAAGACAAAGGGCCAUGCAGGUUCAAGCAAACCUGAUUUUAAUUGAUGGCUGAUUAACACGUUUUUGCUGAACUGGAAUCGUUUGAAUGAGGUUUUGGAACAACCAAAAGCCGUGCAAAAAUGUAGAACUGAUUCUGUUUUGAAGGCAAACGGUGGUCAUUCUAAAUAUUGUUAGGUUUAGAUUUCUCUAAUAUUCAUUGUUUGAAAGAUUUUCAUCCAUCCAUCCAUUACAGCUGCUUGUCCUUAAGCACAUCUGGACAGGUUGUUCUAAAUCUUCUGUUUUUUAAUUCCAUAGUUUUUCAUAUUCAAUCUUCAAGAUGUUUUCUGGUUUACUUUUUAGACACAAUAGCUGUUGUGAUACAAUUAUCUACCAGUCGUGUUUUAUUAACAAAAACAGCAGCACUGAGUCAGCAGUGUGAUGAAGGGCGAGUUCACAGGGUUUUAUUAGCAGGCCAAAUUUAGCUCAAUUAAAACCCAGAAUACAAUCAGAGAUCAAAAUCUUUUCUAAUUUCCACAGGUCUAACAAUACAAAAUAUUUUUUAUAUAUCAAAACUAAAAACUGCCGUCGUUUUCUGUCAAACACUUUUACAGCUUUUAAGUAAAAACUUAUUUUUUUUUAGUUUGAUAUUCAGAUAGAGGUUAAAGAUAUUUAUAUUGAUGCAUAAAUGGGGAUAAUCUGUUAAUUCAUUUAUUAUCCUUUGAUACAAAACAGUUUUCUUUUUAUAUUCUCCUUAAAAAAAAAAAAUUAAAAUAGAGUGGUCAGAGCAGUUAAAGGAAACCCAGUAUAAGAACCUUAAACAGUCAGAAAUAAAACGAUCUCCGUCAUCAAACACAUACAGGAUGCUCCU